UAUUGAUUUUCGUCCGCCAUUAUUUUUGGCUUUGUACUUUAUUGAUUUUUUUCUCUUUUUCUUUGUCUAACAUUCUCUCUUUUUUUAGAUAUUUUACUCUGACCAAUGCCUUCUUUUGCUCAGCCAUGUUCCGCCGCGCGAACAUUACCUCAUCAAUCAGACCAAGUUCAGCUUCCCUUUUUCCUGUUUCAUCAGCAAUGAUGAUGCUGAUGUUCACAGAUGCUGCUGAUGUUCAUCCGCCUCCUGGUGCUGAAGGAGCCAGGAGUUGCUUCCUCUUUGAUGCUGGGUGGAGGCUCUGGGGAACACCUAAAUGGGGGGAGGUUUGGGGGGACCACCUUGUUUUCCAUAUGUCUGGGAAACAUAGACUAAUCUGAACAGUAUAAGGGAAACCUUAACGACUGUCAAUUUUUAAAAUUUUAUCUAAAUUUUUUUUUAUUCCAGGUUGCUGCUUUUUGGACAAAAAUUUAAGGUCUGCGGUCUUGAAAAAAUUUUGAAUCAACUUAAUGGUAUGCUGCUCUGGAUUCAAAAACAUGGUUUAAUUGGAAAUUGCAUAUUAUUCUUUUCUGGACAGCGCUUUUUUGGACGGCUUUGCAGUAUGUAGAAAAUGAAGGACGCGCGCGGAAUUUUUAAGGUUUGUUUUUAUUUUUUUGUUAGGGUUUCCCUUAAUACUGUUCUAAAUAGAGUCGGUAUAAUCCUUUCCCAUUAUAUGCCUGUGGUAUGGGUGAUUUUGAUCCAGCAUUUUCUCGACCUCACAAAUUAUUUGUCCCUUGAGUUCCAUUGGUUCGGUUAGGUUCCACCGCCGUCUUCAUUACCAAUUCAGUGUCAAUUACUCAAGCUGCAUUAAUUCCUCUUCAUCUGUUCCAUCAGGUUUUUUUAAUUUUUAUUUAUUCAUAUUUUUAUUUUCACAAUGCUCGCCUUUGUUUGAAAAAAGUUGAUCCGCCAUGAAUCUGAAUUGGUCAACACGUUGGCUGAGAGAUGAAAAAGGUUUAUUUUAUGAUACUCUUUAUUUCAUGGAUUAGAACUUGUGUUGUUUCUGUCUUUUCAAAAAGUGUAACCGGUAAUAUUGAACCUGAAAGACCCCAUUUUUUCCUCCCCAAAUAUCUACAGAAUUGUCAGACUUUUUCCUUUCUUCCAAUUGCCUCUCUACUUCUUUUAUGGAAGAAAGCAAAAUUGAUAGGGAAGGAGUCUGACCAUUCUGCAUAUUUAAGGACUUGGGAGGAAUUUUUCAUAAAAACGACCUUUCAAAAACAUUUUUCAAUAUCUCUUAUAAGGAUGAUGGACAGUAUUGACAAUUAUUUUUUCAGGAACAAGCUCAACUUCAAAAAGCAAUAAGAGCUUCAACUUCCAGCAGUUCAUGGUUCACUUUUGGAAGCUCCCCACAACCCUUUUCGAGAAAAGAAGUUUCAUUGACAGAACAAUUUAUUAGAUUCUUAGAACAAGAAUCUGUUGACAACACAAAGUCGAUGCUUGCCUUGCCUCCUAUUGAG